AUGGAUGAUAGCUUUGAUCAUCCGUUGGAGGAUACAAGUCAUCUGGAGGAUACAAGUCUUCAGGAGGAGGAUACAUUUCUUGUUGUUCACAAGGUUGUACAAAUUGGCCUUGUACAAAAUAUUGAUCAUGCUGCUCUUCGGCAGAAGGCAUUUUGCCUUGGCCCACUUUGGGGCCAGUUCCAACCGGAACAAAUCAUUCCGCUUCCUGAUUGUUGUAAUACGUUCCAGCAGGAACUGAGCCUUUGGCUUGACUUCGGUCUUGAUUGUAAUGCGAUUCAGCAUAAUGAUGGUUUUGAGGGUUUCGGUUUUGAAAAUGCCCUGGAGGCCUGUUGUUUGGAGGUCGAUUGGCUUGAUGGUUUUGUUGCCCAAAGCGACCUUAAGUUUGAGAAUUGGUUCCAGAAGAUCGUCCUUGAUAGUUGCCUUGACAUCUUGGAGGAUAGUGAUAUCCUUGAUUACUCAAACUCUACUUCACCAAUGCACCUUUCAUCCCAUGCCGCCCUAGCAGACAUGGAUGCAGCAUCAACGGGGAGCAUUUCGUUGUCCAGAUCGUCUUCAAGAAGCGCUUUAGCUUCGCUUGUUUCCCACUGUGCCACCUAUUCAGCUUUCUUUAUAUCUUUCCAUUUUUUGCGAAGGACAGUCAAUUGUUUGCGAAAGAAACUGAAAGCCAUGCCAUCACAUUCCUUGUGA